AUGGCGGCUGUGAUCAGUUGCUGGACCUGGGUGCUCGCGAGCACCUUUUGCGCUUGGUACGGCCCGAACAUGCUGGCUCUCACGGCCGCAGAGAUCAGCGCCUUGAUGUGUCCCAUCAUGAAGAUGUAUGCCGUCUGCUGCAAGCUGAGUCCCACCAGGUUUGAGAUGGCGCCAAAGAGGGGAGCCAGAUGA